GCCAUAUUAGUGCAAUUAAUGUAGUGCGUUGCGGCGGGCGGCGGCGGUCCCAAAACGCUGAAAAAAUUGUGAAAUCGCGCUGGAAGCGAGUCGACACCAAGUCUGGUUCCAGUCUGAUCGAAAACAUCGACACCAACACACCGCGCGUAAUUAACAGUGAAGAGUGCAAACUGUGACUUUACCAAUAAAAACUGACGAACGCGUAGGUGCCGUUUCCUAAUUUACUCAAUCUACGCGGCUUGGGAAUUCUAGUGUUAUGACCAGAGUGCUCUGUGCCGGUGCCGAGACCGUUUUGGGCUUUUCGGGCGCUGGAGAGGAGCCCCCGGGCCAUGUAGCUGCCGUCUGGAUUUCCACGGAAGUAACGCAAACCGCUGGCUCGUAAACAAGGAUCGACGAGGACGCGCCAAAAAGAGGUAUCGCGAUGCGUUGGAAAAUGUGCAUAUGCAUCUUCACCAUCGUCUGCUGGGGAAGGACUCUGUGCGUCCCCCAGCACCUGAUCAACGAGUUCAAAACUUCAGUGCUUCCCCUCUUCGGGAUGAAGGAGCGGCCGAAGCUCCACGGCCAGAGGCCACAUAUCCCGGAGGAUCUGAGGAGGCUGUACGACAUCCAGAACAGUCUGGAUUAUGACACGGCCUCCCUACCCCUGCCCGGGCUUCACACUAAAAGCGCCAACACAGUCCGCAGCUUCCUGCAUGUGGAGAGCCCCAUCGACGAGAAGUUCAUCCACCACGACAAAUUCCGCCUCAAAUUCGACCUGGCGAGCAUCCCCAAGGGCGAGAAGCUCAAGGCCGCCGAGAUCAAGCUGACUCGGGAGAGCCUGCCGGCGUCCGGCGCCGCCCCCAUCUACCGCCUUCUCGUGCACGACAUCCUGCGGCGGGGCGUCAAGGGCAAGCGCCCCCCCAUCAUGCGGGUGAUCGACUCGCAGCUGAUCGACACGAGGGAGAACUCCACGGUGAGCGUCGACGUCUCCCCGGCCGUGCAGAGGUGGCUGCAGGACCCCAAGACCAACUACGGGGUGCUGGUGGCGCUGCACGCGUCGGGGAAGGCGGCGGCGACGCGAAGACACUUGCGGUUGCGCCGCCACGCCGACGCCGACUGGUGGCAGAAGCAGCCGGUGCUGUACACGUACACCGACGACGGGAAGAACAGGCAGAGGACGGCGGCGGAGAUGAAGCUGAGGCCGAAAAGGGGCGCGGGCGCGAGGAAGAUAAGGCAGAAGGAGAAGGAUCCCUGCAGGAGGCGGAAGAUGUACGUGGACUUCCGAGACGUGGGGUGGAGCGACUGGAUCGUGGCGCCCCCGGGGUACGACGCGUUCUACUGCUUCGGGGCGUGCGACUACCCCCUGCCCGAGCACUUCAACACCACCAACCACGCCAUCGUGCAGAGCCUGGUGAACUCCAUGAAGCCGACGGAGGUGCCGAAGCCGUGCUGCGUGCCGACGAGCCUCUCCUCCAUCUCCAUGCUGUACGUCGCCAGCGACGGCAACGUCAUCCUCAAGAACUACAAGGAUAUGGUGGUGGUGGGUUGCGGGUGCCGAUAAUGCCCGAACUCCUGCAACUCGUCUGUGAUGUGUGGUGGAAUUUAAACUCGUGUCUGUGAUCUUCUUAGACUGCUGAGUCCCAGUGAAGUGACUGAUGGUGGACUGGGUGAAACCCGGGACUGGACUGGACUUUCCUUCUCUUUCUCAUCUGUGAUUGUAAUUUUAACUCAUGUGUUGGACGACCGAACCCUCUGGAACUGUUGUUGUUAACCAGUUGUCUUUCACGUGACUGGAGCGUGCUCGACUGCAGUCGAUGUGAAAGUUAAAGUCGGAAAUUUAGGUGGAUUUGAAUAGCGAUCGAUGCGCUGAGUCAAGUGUAAUAUAUUAGUACCUGGAUAAGGAGUAUUUAUUGAUUAUUUUAUAGGGAUGUGCAUAUUGUACAGAGUAAUUUGUAAUAUAAAUUGACGAUAAUUGUUUCUUAAAGUUAGCGCUUGUACAGACUGUAUAUAUUAAAAUAUUUCAUUCUU